AUGGUGAGAAAAUCAAGAAAAAUCAGAAAGCUUCAGAUCUCUGUGAACGAUACCAUUUCCGCGGUCGGACCUCUAGUACUGACAGACAAUUGCGAGUUUAAAAAAGAGAAAUACCCACUCAACUCCAGAGGCCACCGUCCAGACCUCCGGGUGAUUUAUGGUGGAUUUUGCACAUCUGAGAAAAACGAAGAAUUACGAAUAAAGUACAUUGAAGAAGAGGAUAGCGCAGCACUACUUCAAGAAGGUUUGACCUCAUCUAGAACUUCGUUAAUUUGCUACUUGGCAAGGGCAAUGGAAAGAAAACAUAUCGAGUCGAUGUACAGAUUGGGAAUGGUUCCAGAUUUGGAGGACUCGGCAUCCAACUGUGAAUCCGAAGAAGAUCAAGUGGAAGAAGAGGGGGUGGACCAGGAUGCUGAAGUACAAAAAGUUGGCAGGACCAACGAGAAGGUGCUUGUGGGUUUCGAUAUUCAGGAACCGUAUGUUUUGAAAUCAGAUGACUUGACCACAUCUCCAAAGAUAGUUGGCAAGGACGAGAUAGGCGAUGGUCUGGCACUGCCUGGAUGCGAGUUCAAUUAG